AUGAUUCAACGUAUGGCAAUGCUCGGAAGCUUUGGUUGUGGUGCUCUAGCAAGUUUUGCGGCAACCUACGCCAGCAAGCCCAAGUUGUCGUAUAUCAAGGUUGAUCGGAAGGUUUGUGCAGGAGGAAUCGCAAAGCAAUUCCUGUCAAGUGGAGCAGGAGGCUUCGAAGAUAAUACAAGGAGGAAGGUUGCCGUUCAAGUGAUCAAGAACGUCAAUGCCUGUGUUUUCUGCACCAACUCAGCUGAAGGAGCCCCGCGAUGCCGGGUUCUUGAGCUGCAACAAGACAGCAGAGCUUCCAUGACUUACUUUGAUCCGGAGAACGCAGCAUACGUCUUCUUGGCUGGCAGGGUGCAAGUUGUCGGCAAAGAAACGCUCAAUCCUGACAUCAUCAACCCCAACUUUAUGUUCUCCGGUUUCAAACCUCCGGGAAAGAUGGCUUCGAUGCAGUUCGUCCCUCUCCAAGUUGAGGUCAUAAGUCCUCUCGAUGGCAUGACCGGCGAUAAGAAGUCAUGGAUUCCCCCGGCAGCCUGGCGAGCAUCGGACGGGUGGGCGCAUGGGAGAAGCUGA